UCGCUCCCCCUUCGCCCUCCCCAGCGCCGGAGAGAGCGAGACGAAAAGUGUCAGAGCGGGGAGCGCAUAGCAACAGGGUCUGGGAUGAAGCAGGUUCGGCGGCAGCAUCUCCGGAAGCCAGUGACACCAGAUCUCCUGGUAAGCCCCAGCAGCCAGGAUGGGGACCUGGGCUCCGAGUGCCCGGAAGACAGAGGGAACUGGACAGGGCGGCUGGAUUUCCUCCUCUCCUGCAUUGGAUACUGCGUGGGCCUUGGAAACGUCUGGAGGUUUCCCUACAGGGCUUACACCAACGGAGGAGGAGCUUUCUUGGUUCCUUAUUUCAUCAUGCUGGCCAUCUGUGGGAUCCCCAUCUUCUUCAUGGAGCUCUCACUUGGCCAGUUCUCCAGCCUGGGGCCACUCGCAGUCUGGAAGAUAAGCCCUCUCUUUAAAGGCGUUGGCAUGGGCACGAUCCUCAUCGUCUCCUUGGUGGCCAUUUACUACAAUAUGAUCAUUGCUUACGUUCUCUUCUACCUCUUUGCAUCCCUCACAAGCGACUUGCCCUGGCAGCACUGCGGCAACUGGUGGAACACCGACCUGUGCCUGGACCACCAUGUCAUCAAGGCGGGGAACAACACCCUCCCCGUCAACAUCAGCAACACCGUCAGCCCCAGCGAGGAGUACUGGAGCCGGUAUGUCCUGCACAUCCAAGGAAGCUCGGGGAUUGGGGAUCCUGGGAGGAUCCGCUGGAACUUGUGUCUGUGCCUGCUCCUUUCUUGGACUAUCGUUUAUCUGUGCAUCCUUAAGGGAGUCAAAUCCUCUGGCAAGGUCGUGUACUUCACUGCCACCUUCCCAUACCUCAUCCUGGUGAUGCUGCUCAUUCGGGGCGUGACCCUGGAGGGGGCCUGGAAGGGGAUCCAGUUUUAUCUCACGCCCCAGUUCGAUCAUUUGCUGUCUUCCAAGGUGUGGAUAGAGGCAGCCCUGCAGAUUUUCUACUCCCUUGGGGUGGGCUUUGGGGGCCUCCUCACCUUUGCAUCCUACAACACCUUCCAUCAGAAUAUCUACAGGGACACCUUCAUAGUGACCCUGGGCAAUGCCAUCACCAGCAUCCUGGCAGGGUUUGCCAUCUUCUCUGUUUUGGGAUACAUGUCCCAGGAGCUUGGGGUCCCUGUUAACCAGGUGGCAAAAGCAGGUCCUGGUCUGGCUUUUGUGGUGUACCCCCAGGCCAUGACAAUGCUCCCCCUUUCUCCAUUCUGGUCAUUCCUGUUCUUCUUCAUGCUGCUAACCUUGGGCCUGGACAGCCAGGUAAGGACAGAGCCCACGGAGCCAGCCGUGGACUCCAGGCAGCCUGAAGGCUCAGGGGACCCUCUCCUCCUGUGCCUGCAGUUUGCAUUUAUGGAGACCAUCGUUACGGCAGUGACAGAUGAAUUCCCCUACUACCUGCGGCCAAAGAAAGCUUCAUUCUCAGCUGUCAUCUGCAUUGCCCUCUUCCUGAUGGGGCUCAUCCUCACAACAGAGGGUGGGAUGUACUGGCUGGUCCUGCUGGAUGACUACAGUGCUGGCUUUGGUCUCAUGGUGGUGGUGAUCACUACCUGCCUUGUGGUGACACGUGUCUAUGGCAUGAAGAGGUUCUGCCGAGAUAUCCACAUGAUGCUGGGAUUCAAACCAGGGCCCUACUUCAGAGCCUGCUGGAUGGUCCUAUCCCCGGCAACAAUGAUGGCUCUGCUGGUGUAUAACAUUGUCAAGUACCAGCCCUCUGAGUAUGGCAACUACCGCUUCCCCACCUGGGCCGAGGUCUUGGGCAUCCUCAUGGGAGUCCUCUCCUGCCUGAUGAUUCCCAUGGGCAUGGUGGUGGCUGUGCUCCAAGAAGAAGGGACGCUGUGGGAGCGAGUCCAGCAAGCCAGCCGGCCGGCCAUGGACUGGGGCCCAUCCCUGGAGGAGAACCGCACGGGCGUGUACGUGGCGAGCUUGGCCGGCAGCCAGUCCCCCAAACCCCUGAUGGUCCACAUGCGGAAAUACGGGGGCAUCACCAGCUACGAGAACACAGCCAUCGAGGUGGACCGGGAGAUGGAGGAGGAGGACGAUGAGGAGUCCAUGAUAUGAGGGGACCCAGUGUCCCAUAGGCUGGGUGGGAGCUCACCCUCCCGUUUUGCACAGGUUGCACUGCAGCACUUCAGGACAGCUUGGGGAGGUCUUUCAAGGAGUAGUCAGGAGCUGCUGACCCUGCCAGGUUCCUCAUCAUCACCCUGGGCCCUGCCAGGACAGAGCUGCUGCCUGUCCUGGUGUCCCCUGUGUUUCUGUUCAGUGUGACAAACUGUGUGAUGAGUCCAUGUGUUUGUGUGACAGUGUCUGGUUGAAGUGUCAGAGCUGUCCCACUCCCACCCUCAGCCCCAGCCCUGCCGUCCCCACUCAGGGAUGUCCAGGCUGCAGGGAUGUCCAGGCUGCAGGAGGUGGGGAGGAGGAGAAGGAGCUCCUGUGUGUUGAUCUAUUCUCUGUUUGUCUGUAUUUGACUCCAAUAGCCCAUAAACACGUGAGAGAAUCUGUAACAGCCUCCAUGCCCUGAGGACAGCGUGUGCCAGAGUGCUCUGAUCCCGUGGAGGUAUUCCAGCAAAACCAGCACAAAUCGGUGUCCUCCCAAAGCAAUUUGACCUAAUAAAGGAGCAGUUAAAAACAA